CGUUAUGUGACCGCCAUGAUCUGGAAUAAAGAAAUACCUAGCCGUGCUCCUUGUUCAAAAUUUUAAUUCGUCGGAGUUAGAAUGAAUACUGUGAAACUGAAACCUUAUAAUUCACUGAGCGUUGCUCCCUUAAAGUGUGACUCUCUUGAAAAAUAUAACAAAAAUAUUCAGUGUACAGCUGGUUGGAUAACAACUAACCUACGUGUUUGCGAGAUGAUUUGUCGUUGCCCCACAGUAUAUUCUGCUCUAAAGUGAAAUUUAACGUCAGUGGUUGAGGUAGGCUGUUCAUGCAUAUACUGUGAAGAAGCAGCGUAGGGAAAACAUGUAAAGACGCCACGUACGGUGACCGGGUUUUGGUUCCCGCCCAUCAUAUUUUUGGCAAUAUGACAGUGGCUUCGCUCCUUUCGCAGAUAUAAUACUGUGCUGUGAAAGAACUGACAGCAAGAUGGGGAAGUUAUUGUCAAAAAUUUUUGGCAAUAAGGAGAUGAGGAUAUUGAUGUUAGGAUUAGAUGCUGCUGGAAAAACAACUAUUCUAUACAAACUUAAAUUGGGUCAGUCAGUCACAACAAUUCCUACUGUAGGAUUUAAUGUGGAAACAGUGACAUACAAAAAUGUUAAGUUCAAUGUUUGGGAUGUUGGAGGACAAGAUAAAAUACGUCCAUUAUGGAGACACUACUACACGGGCACGCAAGGUCUUAUAUUCGUUGUUGAUUGUGCUGAUAGAGACAGAAUUGAUGAAGCAAGACAAGAGCUUCAUAGGAUAAUAAAUGACAGGGAAAUGAGAGAUGCAAUCAUACUAAUAUUUGCAAAUAAGCAGGACCUUCCAGAUGCUAUGAAACCUCAUGAAAUCCAGGAAAAACUGGGACUCACUCGAAUAAGAGAUCGUAAUUGGUACGUCCAACCCUCAUGUGCGACUACAGGGGAUGGCCUGUAUGAAGGACUUACGUGGCUGACCUCAAAUCAUAAGUUAUGAACCUGCCUGUCUCUUUUCUUAGAAGAUUUAUUAUAUUCAGUUUGAGUCCACCACAAUAAAUAAUUGAAUGUGACGGUAUGGUUGACAGAGCUUUAGCUUCAAGCUGUGUAUCAACGUGUGUGCUUGUGGAAGUCCAUAAAAGAAGUCUCAGAUAUGUGAAACAUGCUGCGUAUUGAAACAAAACUGUUAGUUCCUUCAAUGUAGGGACCUAAAUUAUAUAUAUAUACAAUUUUAUUCUGUGGUGAAAGAUAGUGCUGGUCGUUCCAGUGUCAUGCAUAAUGGUUCAACCUAAAUGUCUAAGAAACUGGAAUUCUAACUGUAAAAGAACAAAUAUUAUUAUAUUGUUUGAGUAAACAGAUUGCAGAUAUAGUUGUAUGUACUUGGGUUAGUUGGAUGGAUUCUCUCUUGUGAUAAUGUUGGGAGAAAGUGGUUUUGUUUUCAUACGUGUAACCAAAUUUCCAAGUGGCCUUAGAAAGUUGAAACUCUCAUUUUUCCACUAUCAUUAGUGGGUUAAAAUAAAAGUACUUACCUGAAAGUACUUUUGUUUUAUAUGACUGUUACUGUAUCUCUAAAUUUUGUGCUAUUUUAUUUAGGAAAUUCUAACUUCCAUAAAUUGUCAUGCCUGUAAAUUCAGAAUAUUAAUACAGUAGUUAAGCAGUAUUCCUCCUCUCUAUCCCAAUUUCUGAAUUUUCCCAGUUGUGAAUUUCUAUUCUCUCUUGUCAUUGAAAUGUAAUGUGUUGUUACAGUGUAACAAAAAAUUUAAUAUUAUUUCAUUUCUUAUGUUACAAAACUGUGAAGCACAAUUAAAAGUUAUGAACUCUUACUAUCUCAUUGACUGUUGCUAUCAAGAGGUUAGCUAUUUUUAAAAAAAAAAAUAUUUAAAUGAAGACAUUUUGGAUUACUCCAAGUGAAUUUUUUUUCUUUUCGCAUUGCAGAGAAUUUUUAGAAAUAUUUAUUAGACUUAUGAUCAUAAAUCAGUGUUUGGGAUUUGUGUGUUAAAGUGUGUUUGCUCUCAUGCACCACACGUCUUUGCAUUGUAAUUUUGAGAUAAACAAAUAUGAAUGCACAGACUGCCCCCUCCUGUGUUGGUUACAUUGUGCAUUAACUCAAGUAUGUUUCUCACCACUCAGCAAUUGUGUGUGUAAAUUUUCAGUUCUUACCAGCAAUAAAAUUAGUAUUUUAGGGUGCGUCUCCAGUAAGAUGUUUAAAAUAACCUUUUUCAGGAGAACGUUCCCUAGGUCAUUUCUGAAUGUAUGCUGGAAACUAUAUGUAUUAAAACUUAAUUUAAUAAUGUUUCCUACAUUGUUGAAGGCAGCAAGUGGUCUCAUAUAACAUUAUGUCUUAUGUAAUGUUCUUCUUCUAAACUUUCUUUAAAAAUAUGCAGUCCGAAAAGUGCCAUCUGACCAAGAUUCUAUUUGUGUAGAAAUAACAUCCUGACAUUGAAAAUGUGUAUUAAAAUUCAUUUAUGUUGAAACCAUAUCCAGUGCGGCUCUGUUUAUAUUUCUGUUCUGAGCAAGAGAGAUUUGCUACCAUAAUUUGUUACAAUACUCUGCUAAGAGUUAUCAGUCUGAAGGUCGAAUGAUACCUUACCUUAGAAAUAUAAGAUCUUGCCAUUAAGAGUAAUCAGAUUUUCACAAAGUCCGUAGAACACAAAUUGAUAUAUUUAUGAGAUACUGAGCAUAUGUUUCAGCUUAUAAAGCCGAAAAAUUCGCCUAAGAGUAACUGUUGUUAUAUGCAAAGGUUUGCUGUAGAAAAUCAGUCUGUCCUUUUUGGUCCAGGAUGGACAUAUACAACACAUGGAAGAGGGAGGGAGCUGUUGCAUCCACAUAGUGCCAAUGUGGCAUGAAGUACUUGUUAGUAUCAAUUUAUUGGGAGCUUAGUCGUCCAAUCCUGCAAACACCGGAGCACCAAAACCAAAGAUGACAAAACAACUCUCCGAAGAGACUCAAAAAAGGCCUGUAUCAAGACCAUCACUAGUGAUAUAAUUGGUGCAUUCGGACACGGAAGAAGAAGAAGAAUUGGGAGCUCUAGAAAAUUUUUACUUUGAAAGCAUGCAAAUUAUUUCUGCAGUUUGUUAUUUUAUUUGCAUAACUCAGUAACGUGUAAACAAGCAACCAUUCCUGAUCUAUGUAUUUAACGUGGCUUCCCUGGUACAGCAAGUUAAUUCAUCAGUUAAAACAUCAGAUGUAGUAUACACUGUCAAGUUUUCUUUCAGUAAUUGCCACACUAUACCUAGUGAUGCUUAGAUUCUUAUCUUUGCUGUACAAAAUACAUGUUAGGUGAGCUCUUCUCCUUUUCAGAGGAUGAGGCUCAUUACCUUCUUAUAAGAGAUGAAGUAUAAUUCUUUCUCGGCUAUGGCUCAUCUGUAUAAACUUUUUCACUUAACAUAAUUGUCCCGAAAUGCAAGAGAACAUAGUACAGAGCUUCCUUUCAGUAGGACAUCUGAUGUUUUGCUUAACCUGGAAGCCCAAUACAUAUCUUGCAAAGAACAACAAAAGUUUUACUUACGAUGCGUGUCAACAUGAUCACCCCUGGCAUACAAAUCAAACAUUCCUUAUUGCUGUGUAAGUUUUUGAAUCAUUAGACAAGCAAAUAAAGAUAUAAUUAUGUAAUAGAAUGUCGAGUGAAUUUCCUUGGCUAUUUCAAGUUUUUCUCCGUGGAGAAAUGAAAUGGGGCAAAGACAUGUUAUGUAAGUUUUCUGUCUGCUUUAAUUUUGUACUAUGGCACUCUGUGAAAUAAGUUCUUUGUAUUCUUUGCUAUACGAGAUAAAGGUACCUUGUGUAUUUGUAAGAGUAAAUGAUUUAUGCUGUUAAGCAUGUACAGUUUAUGAAUUGAUGAUGAGGUAUUUCAUGGACCAUUACACUUGAAACAUUUCCAUAUAUUUUCCCUUUUAUUAAAGUUAGUCACAAUUGUGUAGUGUAUUAUCGAUACUGCCUCGUUUGAUGUUUUUAGUUACAGUUUCAUGACUUAAACUACUGUCAUGGCUAUCAAUGCAUGUUCCAAAUCUGAAGGCUUUUUCUUUUCCUUAAUGUGCCUUGAAGACACUGCCAAAAAUAUCUUAGAAGACUGUAGAUCAUUUUGUUCAUUGCAUUGAAAUGAACAUGGAAACUUCUUAUAGCAUGUUAUUGCUGACAUCGAGAAAUCUUUGUGUAUUGAAAAGAUUGCUUACUAGACAUGCUUUGUAGUUAAGAGAGUAUCUUGAUGAAUUUGUAUUUUACAGUAAUACUGUGGAAGUGCUGUUACAUAUGCCCAGUUUAUAGAAAGAGAAAGUUGCAAAAUUACUGGGAGCUUGUUGUAUAACAAGUUAAGAAUGUUACAGCCAAUGUAAAUGAUAAAUGAUGAAAUUUUCAAACUUGCAGGCUGAGGACCAAUGUUGAUGUAUCCCAGAUCAGCCAUUUUGCAGAGAACUGUAGUAGGCAUCUUUCGAUGGCCGGAGUAACACUUUUGGAGUAGGCUGCUAUACUUAAAGAUAAGUUAUGGGGUACGGGCUUCCAGACUAGGUGUCAAUAGCCUACUCAGAACAUUUCAUGUAGCUAUUGUCCAGUGUCCAUGGUAGCUGUAGGAGGUUAGUGCCCUAUUCCAAUAGUGACACUACAUCACAUAUUGGACAUGUGUGAGUUAAUAUCAGCCACACUUAGUGAUUCCCCCUCCCCUCGUUUUGAAUAUCCUGAUUCCCCCUCCCCUCGUAUUGCAUAUCCUUCAAGCGUAGGAAGGAAGUCGUAAUGAUGAAUCUCUACUUAAUUGUCAGACUUCUUAUAUUUCAGUGUAAAACUGAUUUCAGUUCAUGGGAUGUAUUUUCCAGUGUCAGUCUUUCAUUGUGCUUCACAUAAGCAAAUUCCAUGUUCAGUGACGGAGAAAUAGAAAGUCAAAGAUAAAGAAAAAGGGCAACUUUCUAGUGGUAAACUGAAAUGCUUAUGGAGAGAUUUGCUGGGUUUUGUUCGAAAGGCUACUUGCUAUGGCUUCUUGUGGUGGUCUAAGCUGGGUGUUACACAGUAAUUUUCGUUCUGGUGCUCAUUUAAAAUUUUUUGUUAAAUUUUACAAAUGCGAACUAUUAACCAAUAAUUCACUGUUCUUAAUUUCAAAAUGGGUCAUGAAGCAAUAACUUAUAUAGGCAAGGCAGUCUACUUGAAUUUUGGCAAUAUUAGGUUCAAACAAGUAUAAUUUAGUAGAACAACUGUAUUGUUGCUUUUUAUUCAUCUCUUCUUUUGUAUAGCACAUAAGUUUUACUAUGCUGGUAUUUUAAACUACCAUCUCUAGUAUCACAUUACAUUUUCUCAUUGAGUUUCAAUGAGUUGACGUGAGUAUGUAUGUAUUUUUUGUGUACAUCUUCCUGUUAAUUGAGAUGUGUGUCUGAAUGACUACAUCACAUUAUAGUCUCAUUCAGGAGACUGUAGCAACAAAGCUGCCUAGCUGUUCCAAGCCAAACUUCUAGCAAUAAAUUCAUGUUUUAACUGACAUAAGGAACAGAAAGAAAACUGAAAAUAAAAGUGAAUGAAAAUGUGCUAUUGCCAUAGUGGAUAAGUUAUCUAAGUUUAGUAUUGAGAUUUGUGGGCUGUAGAGCAGAUAUCACAGUGCUGUGUGGGUGAAUCUGCACUGUUAAUGCACAAUAAUUGUAUUAAACGUGCCCACAGGAGGGUUCAAAAUCCAAUAAAUUUUAAUUUCGUUGCUACUUAUUUUAGCACACUGGAGGUACAGAAAAGUUGCACUGUAUGUUCGAU